AUGUCAAUCGAAUCAGCAAUAUUAUUCAAUGCCUUACGAUUAACAGCUUAUACAGGUUUUGUAAACCAAGUUCGUACAAACAGACAGUCAAAUUCAUACAAGCAGAAAGUCAAAUUCGUACAAGCAGACAGUCAAAUUCGUACAAGCAGACA